UUACGUUUCAACAUCCCCUCAACUCGUUUGGUGAGCUGUCCAUCCGAAGAAGUUUUGACGGGUGAAAAGUCGUCAAUCUCGUCAACUUUUCUAGGGGGUCCAUUAAGAUCAGUGGCGUUUAUAUUUCGAGUUUUGGGGUAUAACUCGGGCUCUAGUUAGAAUAACAUUCGUGUGAGACUAUGGAGAUAAUGUUACUACGGAGCAGGGGGUUGUUACUGCUGCUGUCGGUGUUCGUGGCGGAUCGGUCUUUGGUGGCUGGAUUUUCUCAAUCUUUAGACAGUGACUUUACCUUCACCCUUCCAGCUGGCCAGAAAGAGUGUUUCUAUCAAACCAUGAAGAAAGAUGCUUCUCUGGAAAUCGAAUACCAGGUGCUUGACGGAGCAGGUUUAGAUGUGGACUUCUACCUGUCAUCGCCUGAUGACCAAAUCCUGGCCAGUGACUUCAGGAAAUCUGAUGGAGUCCACACUGUGGAGACGCAUGAAGGAGACUACAUGUUCUGCUUCGACAACACCUUCAGCACCGUGUCUGAGAAGAUAAUUUUCUUCGAGCUGAUUCUGGACAACAUGGGCAACGACCAUCCCGAUACAGAGGAAUGGAAAGAGUAUGUCCACGGCACGGACAUGCUCGACAUGAAGCUGGAAGACAUUAUGGACACAAUAAACAGCGUUAAAGCUCGGCUGGGGAAGAGCUUGCAGAUCCAGACAGUGCUCCGAGCUUUUGAGGCGCGUGACCGCAACCUGCAGGAGAGCAACCAUGAGAGGGUUAACGUGUGGUCCUGCACCAACCUGCUGAUCAUGGUGGUGGUCUCUGGGAUCCAGGUGUACGUGCUACGCAGCCUGUUUGAGGACAAGAGGGCGACUCGGACGUAAUACAUCUGUCCUUGUGUGCACUGCGGGUACCAGGGAGAGAUGAAUGGCAUCGUCAUGGCCACAUCAAGAGACUUGGGAAAAGUAAUGCACAUUAACACACGCACACACACACACACUGUCACCAGUUGGCUGCUCCUAGCACAUGUAGAUGGGAGUUUCUUUCUCUUUUCCCUGUCUCCCCUUUCUUCCUCUCCUCUUUCCCCCUUUCUUCCUCUCCUCUUUCCCCCACUCUCAUCUAAGACAAUCAGUUCCGGUGUAUAUACCUCUACCCUAAUGUUGGCAAUGCACUGCUUCAGUUCAUACUUGAUUACAACACCUAGGCACCACAGCUAAAAGAGUGGGACCUAUGUUAGUGUUCCUCUUUUGUUCCUCUAGCCAUUCAUCCUAUUUGCCCCCAGUAACUUAUAAAGCCACGAGACAAAGGAAAGCGAUACAGAUUACCUAGAGAACAAGCAUUGUUUUUUUUAGUUUUUUAAACAAAAUAUGCUAAAUGUUAAGGUUUUAUUUCUAAACAUACUAGUAUAUGGGGAGUCAUUUCUGAUUUCCAUGUGGAUCUUCUUCAGGCACUGAUGGUAUUUACUGGCACUGCCCCCAUUCUUCUUUUAUUCUGACUUCUUUCUCCGUGCCACACCUUUGUUCAUUCAAACCGUUGCUGCCACUGUACUGUACUGUGCCACAAACCUGUUUAUUUCUGUGUCAUGCCCCUGUAGGCAAAAUCACAUUCAUUACAGAAGCCAACUGUGAGAACUUCAGCUGGGCACGCAAUGAGAAUUAGCUGCGGUACAGCAGCGAAAAGUCACCUUGCAUAUAUACACCUGCCUAUGGUUGCACCACUGAUCAGCACUCACAGGCACGCCUCUAUGUUAGGCUUGGUACACAGCAUAAUCUGUUUUACAUACAAGUCUAGUCUAGAUGUGGGUCACACCUACAGAUACCUCUGGUCCAGCCACUCACAAGUUACACCUCAUCUUGGAAUAGCCUCUGGCCUGCCAACUCUUUUGUUGGCGUCCCUCUGGCUUCUCUCUGAGUAGAGACAUUCAUCUGGCCAGCAGGGCUCUGCCGUUGGCCAGAAUGGGGUUGUGAGAGAGGUGAAGAGGGCUGCCUGUAGUAAAUCACUGAUCUCGACAUGCCUGACCUACAUGUGGGGCGUCCAUUCUAGCUUGGCAUUGACAUGGGCAUCAGGUUUCACCUCCCUGGCACAAGAGCCUUUCUGCCAGUAUGUCUGUGUGGCAGUCAGCCUAUUUCUGCACUGGGGGCUAUACUUGUGUUUCCAUGGGCAGCCACACCUUGAACUGAGGAUGAGCGGGGGGAGCGGGGGGGGGGGGGGGGUGGAGGGCUGGAGGGAGAUUCUUGGUUGCCAUACCUGAAACUGUUCUUGAGACUUUCGGUUUUUUUCCCCUUGGUGUGGAGUGCUCAGUUGAACUGCCGUGUUUUAAUUUAUGUUGUUCAUUGGUUGUGCUUCUAACAUUUGCCAAGUGAUGAGGAUUGAAUGAAUGUUGCAAGCUUGCAUAAAUACAAAAGACUGCACACAAGCACUAACAUAGCAAUGAAGGAUGUAAUAGAAAAUGUUUUUAAGUAACUGCUGAGUCUUUUAAUGCUGCUCUGUUAAAAUGCUAGAUGUGAGCUUGACAAAUUUGGAUUGUGGCCAUAAUGUCUAGUGGUGUUGAUGGACAAGGGCUCAUGCAAAACAUUUUUGUUCACUGAGUUCUAGCCAAAAAAAGAACUUUGAAGAACCUAUGUAUAGUAGAUAACUGUGGUGUGGUUGGCCGUUGAUGCCAUACCAGGGACAAAACAGUGAGGAUAAAUAGAAGGUGCAGUUUAUUGAGGUCUUUUGUGUUUUUCUUUCCUCCUGUUCUGGUGAACAUAUGAAAUAUGUUGCUCCAUGCUGCCCCCUCUUGGAGAACUGCCCUAAACGCUGCACAGAACACAUACACAAAGACAAGUACUGGUCAGAGAACACCCAGAACCAUUGUAUCUUGUAUUCCUUCAUGAUAAAACUAGUUUAAUGAUUUGGGAUUUUUGGGCUUAUUUUCAAUUUCACUACGGGAAAACAUGUUAAAAAUCUGUAUAAUCUUAAAACAAAAUACUUUGAAACAUUUUUUUCUUUUUCACUCUCAAGUGCCCUUGCAAUGUUAAUAAUAGUAAGCACAGUCCUUAGAUGUCUCCUCAUAAUUGCUGUAAAUUGUGAAGCAGUGACAGGAUAACAUGGUGUGACCUGUGGAUGAUCAGAUUGAGGAGAGGUCUGUUACUUGUAUACCCAUACUGUUACUGCCUUGAACAGAUACUUAAGUACUGUCUAUGCACAGAUGUCCUACCUCUGACUCUUGGCCAAACUGCUACACUACUGCUAACCUCUCUGACUUGUGUAACAACAUUGAAAAGCUCCUGAUGCCUACUUGUGACAAGAACUGACAUUUAUGGAGGAAAUAAAUGGAAAGACAAUAAAACUAAGUUUAGAUAGGUAAACAUUUUAAACGUAUCAAAAACUGUCAUGCUUUUGUCAAGGUUUUCCAGUGUUUUUUGUUUGUUUCUUAUGAGCUGUGAACAUUGAGGUGGCUACUGAGAAAAAUUUAGAUGAACACCUGUGGAUUUGUUACAGAUAUACAUUGUGGGUUCAGCCAUCCUCAUCUGAAUCCUAUCAAGUCAUAAUAAAAUCAUUUUAAGACAUUUUUA